GGCCGUUUGACGUCGCGUCGUGUCGUUGAAGAAGAAAAUAUUCGCAUUCUGAAACGUCUGCAUUCCAAAACUUUGCCACGCUGUCGUACAGCUUUGCGCAUUAUAGCAGAUGGCGGUGCGAUACUGAAUCCCUCACGUGUCGCGUAAGAAGGUUAUGUUCGUUGCGAUACUAAUGACGUUCGUACGUUUGUUCAUCAGAAGUUUGCUUUAAACAAUGGCUAACGAAAACGGCGGCGACGAAAGAGGUAAGAAACGAAAGAAAAAACGUUCUCAAAUACAAAUGGCGAAGAAAUUCGCGAGGCAAAGGAACCAUGGGUCUCACGUUGAUUCUGAUACUUACCAGUACAUGGUACGUAUCUUGGAAUUAAUGAAACGCGAUUUUCCCACGCUGGAGGAAAAGUUAAUAUUUGUAAAUAACGUGUACGAACAAACUAUUGGUCACGAGAUCGAAUAUGCUCAAAAUCAAAUCGGGUCCAGGAUACUGGAUUCGUUUUUAAAAUAUGCGAAUUUAGAAACGAUACAGAGGUUGGUCGACGCUUUUGGCUCCUCGUUUCGACCACUCAGCAGCGAUAGAUUUGCUAGCCACGUUUUGCAAACAAUCGUAACAACUUGCGCGGACAGAGGAAACAAAGAUGGAUCUGAGAAAUCAUCCUCCGAGGAAAACGCGGAUGCUGGUAUAGAGAUUAAGGAAUCCGAAAUAAAGGCUUAUAACGAUAUUGUGUUGAGACUAAGCAAAUACUUUACGAAUAACAUAGAAGAAUUCGUGUUCGACACGUACGCGAAUCAUCUUUUGAGAACCGUGUUCGAAUGCCUUGGAGGAUUGAUCGACAAACGCGAUCAUAACGAGAAAAAGAAAUCGUUGUUUGCCGCUAGACGACCGGUGAUACAAGAAUAUAAAGACUUGUUAUUGCAAAUUUGCAACAGAUUUCACAAAUGGCCUCAGUUUCUUGAAUUUGGUCAGGACGAACUUACGUCCGGAUUAUUGCAAAGUAUUUUGUAUUCUUUGAAGGAUAUACAUCGUGAGACAACAGAAACAUAUAUUCAAAAAAUUACCAACGAAUGUUUCAAACCUAAAGAAAACCAACAAAUAUCAAACAUCUUUGAAGCGGAAUGUUCCAUCAGAUUAUUGGAGGCUUGUCUAGCAGUAGCAGAACCUAAAUCUCUAUACAGAAUUUAUGAACAGUAUUUUUUGGGUAAUUUGAAAGAAUUGUCCCUGACGCAAAGUACAAACUUCAGUGUACAGAGGCUGUUGGAUCACUGUGCUGUAAAAGAAGAUUUUGAGAAAAUAUUUGAAGAAAUUCUUACCUGUGUUUCCGACAUUCUUGAGAAGGGUUACACAGGAGUUCUGGCUAGCUUGGGAAAUGCUUGUAUGAGACUGCAAAUAAAGCAGGGUGCAUUUGUAAGUGCACUUUUGAAACUAUUUAAUUGCGAAGCGAAUGAGAAGCAGCAUCUGAUCGUGAUGUGCAUAGCAACUUUGAAAACACAGGAACAGUUAGAAGAUUUUCGAAAACAGGACAAUUCGAAAUUCAUUGUCAACUUGCAUGGAAGCUUAAUGGUGCAAGCUAUUCUCAAGUUUAAUAAGCCAAUAAAGAUUGUUAAUUCCUUGUUGGAAACAGACAAGGAGGAACUAUUGAGUUUGUUUGGUGAUCCAAAAGGUAGUCGUAUCGCGGACGCUUUUAUGGAUAGUAAGUACAUAGGUGAGAAAAGUAGGGAGAAGCUUGCAAAGAAGAUGAAAGGAUGCUGGGCACAAUUAGCUACAAGUACACACGGUUCCAGAAGUUUAGAAAGGAUGUGGCAGUGGGCGCGCAUAAAUCAAAGAAUUUUAAUCAUGGAAGAAUUAGCUGCAGUUGGAGAAUCGUUGCGUUCCACGAAAUCGGGACUAAUUAUAUAUAAUAAAUUUAACGUUCCUCUAUUUGCAAGGAACAAGAAGGACUGGACGGAAGCGCUGGGAAAGGAAGAAAAGACGAGAGCUCUGUUUGCAAAUAUAAUAGGGGACUCGACCGAGCCGAAAAAAUGAUCGCAUCUCGCAAUCAUUUUCGUUUUUUUUUACAUUAUUGUAUUUAUAUUAAAUAAAUUUUAGAAAACUUGCAAUCUGCGCGCAUGUAAAAUAAAAUGUAAAGGUGAAAUGAAACUGUUUGCGUGCUCUUUCUUUAAGCAUUAUGACAUAGAAUAAUUAUGUAUUUCGUGAAUUCAUAAAUACAAUUUAUAGAAUCCAUCAUACAUCCCUGCAACACAAUGUAGCUAGGAAAACAUACAAUGAUUCGUAAUCUAGAUUUGAGCAAAGUUCCCUAAUGCGUAUGAUCGAUAAAUUCGUUUUACCUCCCGACGAUGACUAGACUUAAAUGU